AUGAGGACAGAUUCAUCAGCAAUGACUGAUGUGGAGUCUGGGGUCACCAAUUUUGCAUCUUCAGCAAGAGCAGGCCGCCGGAAUGCCCUACCAGACAUCCAGAGUUCAGCUGCUACAAGUGGAACCUCCGAUUUGCCCCUCAAACUGGAGGCCCUCUCUGUGAAGGAAGAUGUAAAAAAGAAAGAUGAAGAAACAACACGAGGCCAAUUGGAAAAGCCCCAAAAUGAAGAAAAAUGA